AGACGAGGUUGAGAAAGAGUUGUCAGACGAGGCCCACAGACAGGCCCAGAGCUCUGGGAAUUGCUAAUGCUUGCGCCGUCCAGGUACAUCUCUAAAAUCUUCUGAGGGAGACUUAGCAUCAUCUUGCGCCAGACCAUCAAGUUCGAAGAAGGCUUCCGCAACGGAGCUUAGGUAUGUUGGCUCCAGAAUAUUCGUUGAAUGUCGCCCCGACCAUGUGCUACAAUUCCAGAGGUUUGGUUGAGUGGUCGACAUCCGGGAUCUACUCAAAGUCCGCUAUAGCCGCUCCUAGGGGGACUUUUCUAGGCGCUUUCGCUCCGUCAUCAGCGGAGGAUCCACCGUGCCGACUGCCAUUGCAUGGAGUCGGUAAGUCAGCCUUGUGCGAACGAAAAGAUUUGAUUACACACCAGCAAGGAACAUCUUGCAUUGAUUGGAAAUAAUAUUUUUCUUUUUCAAAAUUGAGACGCUCAGAUGAUGUGG